UAGCGACGCUUAGCUCCGGCUGUGCCGGAAGUUGCUGCUCAGCGAAGAGGCCGGCUUUGCCUUGCAGGCGGCUGCCUGGCCAAGAAGCGAGAGUUGGGGGCGCCGCAGCUUUUUCGGCCCCUCACGCUAGGUUAGGCCCCGGCUUUUCCCUUCGCCGCCGGGAAAGAUGCUGCCUUUGUCCAUCAAGGACGACGAAUACAAGCCUCCGAAGCUUCAUUUGCUCCGAAAGAUCUCGGGAUGGUUCAGGUCGAUCCUCUCGGACAAGACGUCGCGCAACCUCUUCUUUUUCCUCUGCCUCAACCUCUCCUUUGCCUUUGUGGAGCUGCUGUACGGCAUCUGGAGCAACAGUCUAGGUUUAAUAUCAGAUUCAUUUCACAUGUUUUUUGACUGUACUGCUCUGUUAGCUGGACUUGCAGCUUCUGUUAUUUCAAAGUGGAGAUCCAAUGAUGCUUUCUCCUAUGGGUACGUUCGAGCAGAAGUAUUAGCUGGUUUUGUAAAUGGCCUAUUUUUGAUCUUCACAGCUUUCUUCAUUUUCUCUGAAGGGGUUGAGAGAGCACUUGAGCCUCCUGAUGUGCACCACGAAAGACUCCUUCCUGUUUCCAUACUUGGCUUCCUUGUAAACUUGAUAGGAAUCUUUGUGUUUCAACAUGGUGGACAUGGCCAUUCCCAUGGUUCUGGACAUGAGCACAGCCAUUCACUGUUUAAUGGGACUCUUAGCCACGGUCAUGGAGGACAUGGCCACAGUCAUGAUUCCAAACAUGGGCAUGGCCAUAGCCAUUCCCAUGGUCAUGGGCAUGGCCAUUCUCAAGAUUAUUGUCAUGCUGAUCACCCCAUUGAGAUGGCUGCAGGAUCCAGCAAACAGAUUUUAGAAGGUGUAUUUUUACACAUUCUUGCUGAUACGCUUGGAAGUAUUGGUGUAAUCAUAUCUGCACUAUUGAUGCAGAACUAUGGUUUGAUGAUUGCUGACCCAAUAUGUUCGAUGCUUAUAGCUCUGCUUAUAGGAGUAAGCGUUGUUCCACUUCUGAGAGAAUCCAUUGGAAUUCUGAUGCAACGGACGCCUCCUUCUCUGGAAAGUACUUUGCCUCAGUGCUAUCAACGGGUUCAGCAGUUGCAAGGAGUUUACAAUUUGCAUGAUCCUCAUUUCUGGACCCUUUGUACUGAUGUUUAUAUAGGGACUUUGAAACUGUUUGUAGCUCCAGAUGCUGAUGUAAAGUGGAUAUUAAGCCAAACUCACAACAUUUUUACUCAGGCUGGAGUAAGGCAACUUUAUGUACAGAUUGACCUUGCCACUAUGUAGCGAACCUUUUCAUCUCCUCCUUGGACCAAAGCUUUCUAGUACUGUCAUUUUAAGACUUUGCUCUUCCUUUGGAACUGAAAUUCCUUGUCUCAGUUGUCCAGCAUACUCUCUUGCUGUCUGAUUAGCAAAAGAGAAAAUGAAGGGGGCCUCAUCUUGAUUACCUGGGAUUGACUUUCAGGAGCCCCAAACCUUUAUGGAUUCCUUGCCAAGUUUGUUCCUACCUACAGCAGACUUAAAAAUACAGAUGUGGUAUUGCAAUCAUUGACUGUGCUUUCUGUAAAGCUGCUGCAGAGAUUUCUCAUUCCCACAGAGCCGGUAUUAUUGCAGGGAGGGGGAUUAACGGAAAUUACUUUGGGGUGUAAUGUCACAGUGGUUGACAUUCUACAGCAUAACUGUUUAUAAGACUGUUUGUACUUUGCAAACUUAACGAACCAAACCAUAUUGGGUUUUCAGAGUGCCUUUAUAUCAAAGUAUCUGUCAGCACAGAGAGGAAGCAUUGGGGAUUUUUAUUAAUUUUUAUGGCUGUGACUAGUACCAGUAAGGUUUUUGCCUGUGAUAGAUGUGAUGUAAAUGUGUAAUUGAAUAGAGAGAUGAUGGAUUCCCUCUUAAUGUUACAUUUUUAAGUUUCUGGGGAGGUGACUCUUCAGUUUUCAAAUACAAAGGUAAAAUGAA